UUAUUUUUGAGAUUAACUAAAACCUAUAAAUUCUUCACGAGUUUAGUUUAACUUAUGUUAAAUUUAUUUGGCUUAUUCCAAGCAGAUUGUGAGUGAGUGUUAAAGGUUGAAUACAUGAAAUUUAAAGCUAAAAUGAAACUAUGCAUAUUGUUCAUGAUGGUUACCAGCUUGUUUGCAAAAGAAAAACGAGCUACAUUAGAAUGGAAAAAAGUUUACACAGUUGCUAUAAAAUCGCUUAUCAACGGAAAAUUUGUAUGUGCUGAAAAAAACGGAAGUCAACCAUUGAUUGCCAACAAAGACUCUUUUGGCUUAUGGGAAACUUUUGAAAUUUGUUUUAUCGACACUCAAACAAUUGCACUAAAAUCUUAUGGAAACGGAAAGUUCGUCACUGCAGUUAAUACUGACACUAACCUGCUCAUUGCCAAUAAAGACCAGGCUACAGUAUGGGAGACUUUCACCUUAGUUCCAAGUUUCGGAACCUUUGGAUUUAAAUCACAUGGCAAUUCAAAAUUAGUUACUGCUGAAGAAGCGGGAAACAAACCACUUACAGCUAACCGCGAUGUUCUUGACGUCUGGGAAAUGUUCAGCUUGGUCUACGUGUGGCCAUCAGUGCAUAAAGUGGCAAUAAAAGCUUUGGUUAAUGGUUUAUUUGUAUGUGCUGAAAAGGCCGGAAAACAAUCAUUACGUGCUAACCGAGGUCAAAUAGGCCCUUGGGAAACAUUUGAAAUUAGCUUUAGUGAUUCACAAACAUUGACACUCAAAUCUUUUGCAAACGGCAAAUUUGUUUGCGCAGAAAAGAAUGGACAAUUCCCACUUAUUGCUAAUAGAGAUCAAGCUGGACCAUGGGAGACAUUCACGAUAGUUCCAAAUAAGGAAGGUGUUGCUCUAAAAUCACACGCUAAUGGAAAGUUCGUGACAGCUGAAAACGCAGGAAAAAGUUACUUAAUUGCCAAUCGCGAUAAUGCCGACAUUUGGGAAAGAUUUGUUAUCAUCUACUUGUGAUUAUCUAAAUUAUCUAAGUAAAGCUUAUUUUAAUUAUUUGAAACAUUUUCAAUUGUGGCUUAUUAUAAAGUAGUUUUAAGUUUAUUUUAUUUUUUUUUUAUUUUUUUUGUAUUUUAUUAUUUAAAAAAACAUCAGUAUAAAAAAUAGUGAAUAAAUUUUGAUGUUGCUUA